UAUAAAAUCAAUUUCUCUAGAUGAUAUCAAUGUAAAAUUCUUCUGUAUGCAUCCUAAUUCUCCGCCGCAGACUUGAAAUGAUCGCCCCGACGGCUAAGUGGUGAGCUCCGAGCGCAGGGGGAUAAGGAUCAAGCCAUUCCUACUCCUCCUCCUCCUCCUCCUCUCCUCUCUCGCAAACCUAACCCUAGACCCCAAAUCCCCAAUAUGCUCUGAUUCGUAUAAGGUCGGCUGCGGGGGCGAUCAAACGAUUGCAGGAUCGAUUGCCAUCGAUGAUCUGGCCGUCAAGAGAGAGGAGUGACUAAAGAUGCCCUCGUAUGCUGAUCUGGACCGUCAGAUCGAGCAGCUGAGGCAAUGCAAGUUUCUAACGGAAGCAGAGGUGAAGGCUCUCUGCGAGAAGGCGAGAGCGGUCCUCAUGGAGGAAUGGAACGUGCAGCCGGUGAAGUGCCCUGUAACCGUCUGCGGGGAUAUACACGGCCAGUUUUAUGAUUUGAUGGAACUGUUCAAGAUCGGCGGUGAAGCUCCGGAUACCAAUUAUCUCUUUAUGGGAGACUACGUGGACCGUGGUUAUUACUCAGUGGAGACUGUAACGCUACUGGUGGCCUUGAAAGUCCGCUAUAGAGAUAGAAUCACAAUUCUCAGAGGAAACCAUGAGAGCCGGCAAAUAACUCAAGUUUAUGGAUUCUAUGAUGAAUGCUUGCGAAAAUAUGGAAAUGCAAAUGUUUGGAAGUACUUCACAGAUCUGUUUGAUUAUCUUCCGCUUACAGCACUGAUUGAGAAUCAGAUUUUCUGCUUGCAUGGCGGAUUGUCUCCAUCCUUGGACACCUUAGACAAUAUCCGCGCCUUGGAUCGAAUACAAGAGGUCCCACACGAAGGACCUAUGUGUGAUCUUCUAUGGUCUGAUCCAGAUGAUCGAUGUGGCUGGGGAAUAUCUCCGAGGGGUGCUGGAUACACAUUUGGUCAGGACGUUUCGCAACAGUUCAAUCACAAGAACGGUUUGUCACUUAUAUCGAGAGCUCACCAGUUGGUCAUGGAAGGCUAUAAUUGGUCUCAGGAUCAGAAUGUUGUUACAGUAUUCAGCGCGCCAAAUUACUGCUACAGAUGCGGUAAUACGGCGGCCAUACUGGAAAUUGGGGAAGACAUGUCCCAAAACUUCUUACAAUUUGAUCCAGCUCCAAGGCAGGUUGAACCAGAUACCACCAGGAGGACCCCUGAUUAUUUUUUGUAAAAUUGAUUGCUUUCUAUAUAUAUAUAUAUAUAUAUAUUGGAAAUUUACAUACUAAGCACAAUUCUUAUAAAUUUAUGUAUCUCGCACCUAAACUUUCAUAUUUUCACGCAUAGCACUUUGUUGCUUUAAACGUAUGCAAGAAAAGGUGUGUUUCACUUUUUAAAAGUGAGAAUAGUGCUAUUUUUUAUGUGAUUAAAGAUUUUUGAGUGUUAUGUGUGUAACUAUGAAAUUUUAGGUGUAAGAUAUAACUGGAGAGAUGUUCUUGCUGCUGCUGCUUCUUGCUUUUGCUUGAAUAUUUCACCAUACAGAUUUUUCAAAGCUCCUCUCAUGCUGAUUUGCUUUGCAUUUUCCUGAUGAAUUUUGUCUAAAGUUGCAUCUUUGUCAAUGGGUUUAUGUUAUCUAAACAAAGAAGUUUUGGAGUCAAUUUGUUUUAAUUUGUUU